AUGUCCUGGGGAAAUCACUCAGUGUGGAUGGAAUUCGUGUUCCUGGCCUAUCCCUCCAAGCCAGAGCCGCGCGCCUUGGCCUUCCUUGGGGCCAGCCUGGUUUACACAUGGGUCAUCACCGGGAAUGUCCUCAUCAUGGUGGCCGUCCAGGCCGAAGCCCGCCUCCGCACGCCCAUGUACUAUUUCCCGGGCAGCCUCUCGGGAGUGGAGAUCGGCUACACGGCUGCGGUGGUGCCCCUCCUGGCCAACGCCCUGCAGGCGGAGAAGACCAUCACGCUGGGCUGCGCCACUCAGAUGGGCUUCUUCAUCGGACUGGGCGGCGCCGACUGCCUCCUCUUGGCCUCCACGGCCUACGACCGCCACGCUGCCGUCUGCCACCCCCUGCAGGACCCUCUCAUCAUGCCCGGGAUGCUCUGUGCCCGCUUGGUGGCGGCCUCCGUGGUCCUCGGCCUCUGCCUGUCCUUCCAGCUGGCGGCCUCUGUCUUCUCUCUGCCCUUCUGCCCCGCUCGGGGCAUUCAGCGCUUUUACUGCGACGUGCCCCCCGUGAUGCAUCUCGUUUGCGCCCAGAGCCACAGGCAUGAACAGUCGGUGCUGGUGGCGGCCACACUGGCCAUCGCGGGGCCUGUCCUCCUGAUCGCCGCCUCCCACGCCUCCAUGGCGGCCGCGGUGCUCCGGGCCUCGGCCGCGGGCCGCCGCCGGGCCUUCUCCACCUGCUCCUCCCAGCUCGCGGUGGUCCUGCUGCAGGACGGCUGCUGCGCCUUCAGGUACCUGCGGCCCGGCUCCAGCUACCGCCCCGAGCAGGAUCAGUGCGUCUGCCUGGUGUACGCGCUGGGGACCGCACUGCUGACCCCGCUUGUCUACACCCUGAGGAACCGUGAGAUGGAAAGGGCCACAGCCAGAGUCCUUCCCAGGAAUUGCCUCCCCCAGAAAAGCCAGUCCACGCUAGAGGAGAUCAACCCUGAAUUGUGGAUGGAAUUCGUGUUCCUGGCCUAUCCCUCCAGGUCAGAGCCGCGCGCCUUGGCCUUCCUUGGGGCCAGCCUGGUUUAUACACGGGUCAUCACCGGGAAUGUCCUCAUCAUGGUGGCCGUCCAGGCCGAAGCCCGCCUCCACACGCCCAUGUACUAUUUCCCGGGCAGCCUCUCGGGAGUGGAGAUCGGCUACAUGGCUGCGGUGGUGCCCCUCCUGGCCAACGCCCUGCAGGCGGAGAAGACCAUCACUGCUGGGCUGCGCCACUCAGAUGGGCUUCUUCAUUGGACUGGGCGGCGCCGACUGCCUCCUCUUGGCCUCCACGGCUAUGAAUGUUCCCAGAGCACCGGCGUAUGA